UAGAUACAAAUCUAUGGCAUGCCUGUGCUGGAUCCAUGGUUCAAAUCCCACCAUUGAAUUCCAAAGUCUACUAUUUUCCUCAAGGCCAUGCUGACCACUCUCGCUCUCCUCUGGAUUUCUCAUAUUCUCCUCAAAUCCCAUCUCUUGUUCUUUGCCGAGUAGCCUCAGUCAAAUUCUUGGCGGAUACUGAAACUGAUCAAGUAUAUGCCAAAAUCAUCCUUAUUCCAUUACCAAACCAUGAGCUCGAUGUUGGAGACGAUGAUGCGGUUUUAGGUGGGGGUGGAUUUUCAGUUCCAAGAUACUGUGCUGAGACCAUUUUCCCAAGGUUGGAUUACACUUUAGAUCCUCCAGUUCAAACUCUCAUAGCCAAGGAUGUUCGUGGUCAGACAUGGAAGUUUAGACAUAUUUAUAGGGGAACUCCUAGGAGGCAUCUAUUCACUAGUGGGUGGAGUAGUUUUGUGAACCAUAAAAAGCUUGUUGCUGGGGACUCCAUUGUGUUCUUGAGAGCUGAGAACGGUGAUCUUUGCCUUGGGAUCAGGCGAGCCAAGCGUGGGACUGAGAUUGGUUAUUGUGUUAGGUCUUAUGGAGGAGCUUCAGCUUUCUUGAAGGAGGAUGAGAGUAAGAUAAUGGGAAAUAGGGGUUUGGGUUUUGGUGGGAAUGGAAAAGUGAGGCCAGAGGCUGUUCUGGCAGCGGUUGCCGUCAGUCGCCGACAGCCUUUUGAGGUUGUUUAUUAUCCAAGAGCAAGCACACUAGAGUUUUGUGUCAAGGCAUCUGCAGUGAAGGCAGCAAUGAAGAUUCCUUGGUGUCGUGGUAUGAGGUUCAAGAUGGCUGCUGAGACUGAGGAUUCUUCUAGGAUUAGCUGGUUCAAGGGGACUGUAUCUGCCGUUCAAGUUGUGGAUCCUAUCCGAUGGCCGAAUUCACCUUGGCGACUUCUGCAGGUGGCAUGGGAUGAACCGGAUUUAUUGCAAAAUGUUAAGCGUGUAAGUCCAUGGUUGGUUGAAUUGACAACAAACACGCCCACUCUCCACCUUUCACCACCGAGGAAGAGGUUGCGGCUCCCUCAACACCUCAACUUUCCCCUUGAUGGACUUUUGAUGCCAAGCAGCCCUGUAUCUGAUAAUGCUCCUGGGAUACAGGGAGCCAGGCAUGUUCAAUUCGGAUUAGCUUUAUCGGAUCUCCAUCAUAAAAGCAAACUGCAUUCAGGACUGUUUCUGUCCAAUUUCCACCAGUCUGAUCCGCACAAUAGAAUUUACAAUAGGCGCACAAACAGUCAUGAUAAUGAAUCUUGCUUUUUAACGACGGGGAACUCUAAUCAUCAGGAGAAAUCUGAUAAUGUGAAGAAACCCCAGUUUUUACUCUUUGGUCAGCCCAUAUUUACCCAGCAGCAGCUGUUUCAGAGCUGUUCAAAUGUAGCUGUCUCACAAGUUAUGAGUGGAAACAGUUCAUUAGAUGGUAAUGCAGAGAGAAGAAAAGAUUGUUCCAAUGGUUCGGGAUCUGUUCUGGUGAACCAAUCCUGUCCAGAGAAGUCAACUAGUGCUAGAUUUUUGUGGCACCGGUACAAUCCAACUGCAGAAUCCAGCCCGGAUUGCAAGGUAUUGUUGGAGUCGGAGGAUGUUGGCAGAUCCCUUCAACUCUCGGUUCCUGCUUCUUACAAUAUGUUUGGAAUAGAAAGAUUAAACAUGCCGGGGCAUGUGCUGUAUCCGGCUGCUGUCAAACAAACUGGAGAUGAACCGCCGUACAGGUGAGGUCAGGGCUCACCGGUGCUGGAAACGGAUUCAAAUGGCAGGAAAAGACAGGUCCUUGAAGCAAAUUUGCAUGAUGUUGGAAAAACAACAUGAAUGGAAGUGUUGUAUAGGCUUCCUCAUUUGUGUAAAUUAUGAGAACAACAUUCAAGGCCCUUAUAAUUUGUUGGAUAUUAUCAGUUGAUGUAA